UAGUUUUUCGGGCCUCUCUAGUCUAACCGCAAUCCCAAUUCCCAAACAGAGCCAAAACCUGCUCGUCAAUCGCCAUUCCAAACAGAGAAAUGGAGUACUCCAUUUCACAUAUGAAGCCACUUUGGGACUGCUGAAUCCUUCAAUUUCCUGUAGCUAUCUACAAGUACAGGAAUUGACUGCACCAAAAAAUGACACUCACAGUAUUCCCUUUUCUCACCUCACCUCCUCUAUGCCUCUUGCAUCAAAUUCCGAUUCCCAGAUUCUAUAUCACACUCCACCAGCUCAAAAAACAAACAAAGGACAAGGUUCCCUUGUAUGGUUCUCUUAUCACUUAUCUGGCUCCCAUAGUCUAGCCCAUUUUCAGUUUUUUCGGUUUAAUAAACGGAUUAGAAAAUUUUCAAAUUCGGACGGCGCAGGGAUUCCUGGUGAUGGCAGGUGUUUGUUUCGGUCUGUGGUCCACGGAGCUUGCCUCAGGUCAGGGAAACCAUCUCCAAGUGAGAGCCUUGAAAAAGAACUUGCAGAUGAGCUACGAGCUAAAGUAGCAGAUGAAUUUAUUAAGAGGCGCAAGGACACUGAAUGGUUUCUUGAAGAUGAUUUUGACACCUAUGUCGAACAGAUGAGACAACCCCAUGUCUGGGGAGGGGAGCCUGAGCUGCUUAUGUCCUCACAUGUUCUAAAGGUGCCAAUAACAGUAUAUAUGAGGGACAGAAAUUCUGAUGGCCUCAAAAUUAUAGCUGAAUAUGGUCAAGAGUACGGCAGGGAAAAUCCCAUCUGUGUAUUGUAUCAUGGAUACGGACACUAUGAUGCAUUGCGGAGGCAGAUUGCUGGUUCACAAUCCAAGCAGUGCAAGAAAAGAUGAACAAAUUGUUUCAUUGUUGACAUUGCUGAACUGUAAUAAAUUUCUGGACUUGCAUCAGAAGAUUUAACUUAUUCCUUCAUGGAUUUAAAUUAUUCAAUUCUACUCCUAAAUGUAAAAAUGUUGAUGAACUGAUUAGAUGGAUGUCAGUAAAUAAAUAUCCCUCUGAAAAUUCAAACUGA